AUGACAAUGGAAAAACACAACACCAUUUCUUCGGAAGUCAAGCUCAACUGCAGCCCGAGCCCUGAAGAGAUCCCGGGGGUUCAAGAGGGAGACAGCCUGGCCGUAUCGCCGUCGGAGUCGAGGGAGGUCUUGAGAAAGAUUGAUUUCUGCUUGAUUCCCUUGAUGACAUUCUGUUACAUGCUGCAACUAUUGGACAAACUGGCCCUUAGUUAUGCGACUUUGUUGGGGCUGCCGCAAGAUCUGGACCUCCACGGCGCUCAAUACUCCUGGUGCUCGGCCGUCUUCUAUUUUGGCUACCUCGCGUGGAGCUGGCCUAGCUCCUACCUCAUUGUGCGGUUCCCCACGGGGAAAUACCUCGCCGUCACUGUGUGUUUAUGGGGCGGCAUUCUCAUGUGCCACAGUGCAGUUCACAGCUUCGGGGGACUCAUGGCGGCGCGUUUCUUCCUUGGUGUGGCCGAGGCGGCCGUUGCCCCCGGAUUUGCCUUGAUCAUCAGCAUGUUUUACACACGCAAAGAACAACCUCUGCGACAAGGCUCUUGGUUUGUAGGAAACUCGCUCGCAAACAUUUUUGGGGGCCUGACUGCGUACGGCAUCGGCAAGAUCCACAUGCCGGCCAUCACGCACUGGCGUGUGCUCUUCCUCAUCCUCGGCAGUAUUACUUCGAUUUACGCGUUGGUUCUAUACUUGUUCCUCCCGGAUUCGCCGGACAAAGCCGUGUUCCUGGACGAGAAGCAGCGGCAAAUUGCCCUGAAGCGCACGAUCGAGAACAAGACGGGGUUCAAGGACAACGACGACUUCGUUCCGAGCCAGGUCUUCGACGCCCUGACCGACCCGCAGAUCUGGCCCCUGAUUCUCUAUACUGUCUCGGUAAAUUUUGCCAAUGGUGGAUUAACCAGCUUCACAGCCCUUGUCGUCAAAGGAUUCGGGUUUUCAGAUCUGAAAGCCCUUCUCGUUCAGAUGUCCAUCGGAGCAACGCAGCUCGUUUUCAUCGCCUUGACUUGUAGCUUGGCCACUUUCCUUCCGUCAGUCCGGCUGGGGCUAAUGAUUAACAACACUCUCACCGCCACGGCAGGCAUGGUCAUGGUCUACCAAUGCAAAAGUCGCGCGGCGCGAAUGGGCGGGCUGUGUCUGGCGAGCGCCUUCGUGGCCAACAUUCCCCUCUCAUUGAGUCUGGUGAGCUCCAACGUCGGCGGUUUCACCAAGCGGUCCGUCACCAGCUCCACCUUGUUUAUCGCCUACUGCGUCGGCAACAUCGCGGGCCCGCAAUUCUUCAAGCCCAGCCAGGCUCCCAGAUAUACAACCGGCAUCAAGGCAGCGCUUUCGGGGUUGGCCUUGGGCUCCUGGUUUCUUGCUUGUCUCCUUGUAUAUUACGUCUGGGAAAACGCGCGGAGGAAUCGGCGUCAUGGACAAAGCCAGAGACGACUGAGCGUGGUGGGUGACGGACCGCGAGAAGAUCUGGAUAUGUCAGGCAAGACGGACCGACAAUUGCCUGAUUUCCGAUAUAUGAUUUGA